AAUGAGCGAGUCUGAGGUUAGGUGGCGAAAGUCCAAAAAGCAAGAACUCAGAAGAUUCUUGUUUUCCUAUUAUUAAUAAAACACCCUUUCCUUCUAACCAAACUAUUUUCACAUUCAGGAAUCUGCAAUUCUGCUGUUCUGCUAUUCUGAAGUUGGCUUGCUGCUCUCCUUUCUCCUUUCACCAAAACAACCGUUUCCUCGUCGAUUUAUCACCCAAUACUCACUGCUGUUUCCCAUUUUUUCAUUUUCCUUCUCUCCGUCUCUCCCUCUUGCCAGAAAGCCUUUUACUUAUUUUCGUUUUGGGGAUCACUGAAUUCCAAAAUCCAAAGCUUUCUCAAUCUCUUCACUCUGUAACCCUUUUCUCUUUUUUAUCAACUAUUUCUUCUUCUUUACCAGUAAUCACUCUCCUUUUCCAUUUUCCUGAUUUCUGUCUCUCCUCUCCUCUCCUCUCCUCUCUUCCUGAAAGAAAAAAAAAAAAAAAUCCAGCUCUCUUCCACAAACUCUGCUCUUUUUAUACCUCAAACCUUCCAUUUCUUCCGUCGCAACAGUUUCAAUCAAAUAUCAAUCUCUUGCGUAUUGUCUUUCUCCUGCUGUGGUUGCUCUAUUAAUUCUUUAUCUGCCUUUGCUCAAUUCUCAUCGUUUCCUAGAGAGAAGUUGGAAAUGGUUGAUACUGUUAUUUCCGUUGCAGCAAAAGUCGCAGAGUGCCUGGUUGAUAUAAUUGCAGAUCAACUGGGUUAUCUCUUUAACUACCGUCGCAACUAUGUGGAUCUGAUUGAGCAAUUUGAGAUGCUCGAUCAUGCCAGAGUGAGGCUGCAGCAAUCGGUGGAAGAGGCUAAUAGGCAAGGGGAUGAAAUCUUUCCUGAUGUUCAGGAGUGGCUUAAGGGUGCUGAAAGGAUCAUCCAAAAGAAAGAGGACUUCAUUGAAGAUGAAAAGAAAGCAAGCAAGAGCUGUUUCUAUUUAAAGUCCCGCUACCAGCUAAGCAAGCAAGCAAAGAACCUGGCUGAGGACAUUGUUCUUAAAAUCCAACGAGCUCAUAACUUUGGUGACAGAGUAGCGUUUCGCCCUUCUCCUUCUCCUGUUCCAUUCAUCGUCUCUGCAUCUUCCAAAGAUUAUGUAGCUUUCCAGUCAAGACAGUCUACUUUUAACGAAAUUAUGCAGGCCUUGGGAAACGAAAAUAUGCCCAUGAUCGGUGUCUGGGGAAUGGGCGGCGUGGGCAAAACCACUCUUGUCAAACAAGUAGCCCUACAAGCGCAUGAAGACAAGCUCUUUCACAAGGUGGUCAUGGCAAACAUAUCCCAAACUCCCAACAUCGCAGAAAUUCAAGGAAAAAUUGCAAGUAUGUUGGAUUUGACGCUUGACAAUAACAAUGAAAGAGGAGUUCGCCUGAGUAAAAGCUUGAAGAAGCAUGAGAAGAUCCUGGUGAUCUUGGAUAAUAUCUGGGGGAAACUUGACUUGGGAGAAAUAGGAAUUCCUUAUGGAGAUGAUCACAAGGGGUGCAAAGUGCUGCUGACUUCCCGGGAGCGUCAGGUUUUAUCUAAAGAUAUGGGUACUCAAAAGGAGUUCCAUCUUCAACAUUUAAGUGAAGAUGAAGCCUGGAAUUUAUUCAAGAAGACAGCAGGUGAUUCCGUGGAGAAGCCUGAACUGUGUCCCAUAGCAGUUGAUGUAGCUAAAAAAUGUGACGGUCUACCAGUUGCAAUUGUCACCAUUGCAAAUACAUUAAGAGAUGAGAGUGUGCAUGUAUGGAAGAAUGCCUUGGAAGAACUGAGAGGGGCUGCACCAACAAGCAUCGGAGGAGUGACUGAAGGCGUCUACUCAUGUCUGGAGCUGAGCUACAACCAUUUGAAAGGUGAUGAAGUAAAGUCAUUGUUUUUACUUUGCGCUUUGCUGGGGGAUGGUGAUAUUUCCAUGGAUCGCUUGCUACAAUUUGCCAUGUGUUUGAAUUUGUUUGAAGGAAUAUAUUUAUGGGAGAAAGCAAUAAAUAGACUAAUUACAUUGGUGGAAAACCUCAAAGCCUCAAGCUUGUUGCUUGACCAUGAAGGAGAUGGUGAUGAAUAUCCGAGCUUGCUUUUUGAUCACGCUUUUGUCAGAAUGCAUGAUGUUGUUCGUGAUGUUGCCAGAUCAAUUGCAUCCAAAGAUCCUCAUCGAUUUGUGGUGAGAGAAGCUGUUGGAUCAGAAGAAGCUGUUGAAUUACGAGAAUGGCAGAGGACGGAUGAGUGCAGAAAUUGCACUCGCAUCUCUUUGAUAUGCAGAAAUAUGGAUGAGCUUCCAGAAGGCUUGGUAUGUCCGAAACUUGAAUUCUUUUUAUUGAAUUCAAGUAAUGAUGAUGCUUAUUUGAAAAUUCCAGAUGCCUUUUUCCAAUACACCAAACAACUCAGAAUUUUAGAUUUGUCUGAAGUGUCUCUUACACCAUCUCCUUCAUCACUCGGUUUUCUUUCAAAUCUUCAAACAUUGCGUCUAAAUCAAUGCCAGAUCCAAGACAUAACAGUAAUUGGAGAACUGAAGAAACUACAAGUCCUUAGUUUGGCAGAGUCCAACAUUGAACAGCUGCCAAAUGAAGUGGCGCAAUUGAGUGAUCUAAGGAUGUUGGAUUUGCGGUAUUGCUAUAGCCUUAAAGUAAUUCCACGAAAUGUUAUAUCAAGUCUAUCCCAAUUAGAGUAUUUGAGUAUGGAAGGAAGUUCAAGAAUUGAAUGGGAGGGGGAAGGAUUUAAUAGGGGAGAAAGAAUUAAUGCUUGCCUUUCUGAGCUGAAACCCCUGUCUGGUUUGAGGACUUUGGAGGUAGAAGUAUCAAAUCCCAGUUUGUUUCCAGAAGAUGAUGUGCUCUUCCAAAACCUCAACUUGACCAGAUAUUCAAUAGUAAUAGGCGAUGACGGACCAUAUUAUAAAGCCUCAAGAAGGUUGGUGUUUCAAAGGGUUACAAGUCUUUAUAUGGUGAAGUGCUUCUCCAAGCUGUUGAAGAGAAGUCAAGUUCUACACUUGGGGAAAUUGGAUGAUACUAAGCAUGUGGUUUAUGAGUUAGACAAGGAGGGUUUCGUUGAACUCAAGUAUCUCUCUCUCAGGCGAUGUCCUACCGUUCAAUACAUCCUUCAUUCCAGUACGGAAUGGGUUCCACCACCUAAUACCUUCUGUAUGUUGGAGGAACUGGAACUUGGGGGCCUAGAUAACUUGGAGGCAGUAUGCCAUGGCCCAAUUCCGAUGGGGUCUUUUGGUAACUUAAGAAUUCUAAGACUAGAGAGUUGUGAGAGGUUGAAAUAUGUUUUCUCUCUUCCCGCACAACAUGGAAGGGAAUCAGCUUUUCCUCAACUGCAACAUAUGGACUUGGCUUUUCUCCCAGAGCUCAUUAGCUUCUACUUCACAAGAAGCAGUGGUACCCAGGAGUCAAUGACAUUUUUCAGUCAACAGGUUGCAUUCCCUGCCUUGGAGUCCUUGCAUGUAACAGAUUCUCUACAUAAAGUGAAAGCAUUGUGGCACAACCAACUUCCAGCAAAUUCCUUUUCCAAACUAAAGGUCUUGGAAUUAUUUGGCUGUGAUGAAUUGCUGAAUGUUUUUCCCCUUUCCGUGGCGAAAGUCCUUGUGCAACUUGAGGACCUAUACAUAAGCUCUUGUAAAGUACUAGAGGCAAUUGUUGCUAAUGAGAAUGAAGAUGAAGCAACAUCUUUAUUCUUAUUCCCUAGACUAACCUCUCUCACACUCCUUGCUUUACCCCAACUCCAAAGAUUUUGCUUCGGAAGGUUUACUUCAAGAUGGCCACUUUUAAAAAAAUUGGAAGUGCUCAAUUGUGAUAAAGUGGAGAUACUAUUUCAAGAAAUAGGUUUGAAAAGUGAACUUGACAACAAAAUUCAACAAUCGCUCUUCUUGGUUGAAAAGGUUGCACUCCCAGGCUUGGAGUCCUUGUCUGUACUGAGACUAGAUAAUAUAAGAGCAUUGUGGCCUGACCAACUUCCAGCAAAUUCAUUUUCCAAAUUAAGGAAAUUGGAAGUAAGUAGAUGCAACAAAUUGCUAAACCUUUUUCCGGUUUUUGUGGCGAGUGCUCUUGUGCAACUUGAGGACCUAAAUAUAUCAGAGAGUGGAGUGGAGGCAAUUGUUGCCAAUGAAAAUGAAGGUGAAGCAGCACCUCCACUCUUAUUCCCUAACCUUACCUCUCUCAGACUCCGUGGUUUACACCAACUCAAAAGAUUUUGCUCUGGAAGGUUUAGUUCAAGCUGGCCACUUCUGAAAAACUUGGAAGUGCUCGAUUGUGAUAAAGUGGAGAUACUCUUUCAACAAAUAAAUUUGGAAUCUGAACUUGAGCCACUCUUCUGGGUAGAACAGGUUGCACUCCCAGGCUUGGAGUCCUUGUUUACUGAGACUAGAUAA